CUGUAUUGGCUUGUUGACUUAUCAGAAUCGUCGGUUGUUAAUUGUGAUAAGGAGCCAGCGAUGCAUUACUAAAAUUGGAAGCUCCCAAGUUAUCUAGAUAGCUGACCCUUCUGGGACAAUGUUUCGGGAUUGGCGUAAACCCAGUCACAAGCGAUGGAAGAAGGUGCAACAGAAGCAAAAGACGAUGAUCCUGACAGAAAGGGAGACGAUGAUAGUGUUUGUCUACGACACGGAGUGUCUGAUAGACGAGGCGGAUGAUCCCAUAUCGGCGGUUCUAUAUUUCCAUCCCAGCUGGGUUUCUGACUCUCAGAAGGUGGCUCUGUGUGGACAAUUAAUGGGCACUUCGUAUUUCCUUAAGGAUUGUUUCUUUAAUCCGCGCAUCCUGGCCCUGCAGAAUGGCAAGUUUGUGCUCAAGGAGUUUGGACGUUUUAUCCUGGCUAUUGGCACCGAUCGGAAUAUUGGGGAUCAAUUGUUGGAACAUCGCGCCGAUUUGCUGAGUUCCCUGCUCAAAUUCUUCCACCGUGAUGUGCAGACUCUGUAUGCUCAGUAUGCUGCACCGCCCGCCCUGAACCGCCGGAAUCUCAGCGAGAAACUGUACCACAUCUUCGAGACAUAUCUGCCCAUGUUGCAGCGGAAUGGAAAUACAUUUCAGAAUGUGCCCAGGUUGCGAAUGCCGAAGACGGCCAGCCAUAUAUUCCUGGAGGCUAUACAAACUCUACAGUGUUGCCAGCAAACUAAGGGGAUCCUAGGUGGAGCAAUACUCUAUCACAACAAAGUGGUGGCCUCCCAGCUGAGCGACAUGGUUACCAAGCACCUGGUGCUCACAGAUCCUCUGCACAUCCGCACAGCUGCCGAGCAGGUGGUAACAGGUGAUCGUGAGUUCCACAUCCCCAAUGGCGUCCAGAUGCUGGUGGUUUACCUGGAGCAAAUGCAGUACCGUCAAUUGGUUGGCGAGGCACAGCGCGCCCAGAACCUGCAGAUGAGCACGGCACAGCUCUCCCAGAACGGCAUGCCAUUUCAGUAUGCCAAGCGGAAGAUAAAGCGGGACAAGUCACUGAUUUUCACCCACAUACCCGAGGAGGAGCAUGCGCCGGAGCAGGCGGGAGCAGGGGUGGAAAUGCCACCAGCCAGACCCAAAUCAAUGCGGCCCACUCACCUGCCGUUGCGUAUCAAGACCAUGCAGAGCAAGGAGCUCCCGGAGUCUGGCAUUGCAUCCAUCAACUUUGAUGAAACCGACUCCUAUCCGCAGUUUAUUGGACGUACAAGUGUUUGCAACACUCCCAUGACCGAGAAUAAGGUCCUGCCGGUGGCAAAUGUAAUGUCCAUUUGCGCAAAUCCCGAAGAUGAGGGCAAAGAGGAGGAUGUACACAAUUCCAAUGGCAAGGCGCAAUCGCGUCGAAAUUCUCUGAAACUGGAUGUUGAGAAGUUCUUCCAGAACUUCAUCAGUAAUCCAAAUAAGGAGCUGACCCGGCGCAAAUCCUCUGCAGAUCUCCAGGAUGCUCUUCGCGCCAUCUCUAAGAAACUGAACAACUUCACGCAUGGCUUUAAAAGCGAUGUGAAUCAGAAUGGAAGCGGUGGUGGCGAUGCCUCUUCGGGCUCACCGGAUUUCAUAGAGAACGAUGAAAAGAUUACUUCGCGGACCAUAAGCGAUCCCACCUAUCCGGUAUUUAACACUAAUGGCCAGCAGAUCUCGCGAAGCCUGUUCCAGCAGUUUCUCGAUCAGUAUCGCAAGUUGUGGGGUGUGGCCAGUGAACAGGCGCAUGAGGAUGCCGAGCUAGCAGCUCUGGUAGCCGAGUUCCAGGAAUUCCAUGCUGAGAUCCAAAAGCUUGACGAGCAUAUGAGGCAGCAGGCAGCGGAGGGGUCUUCCGCCGAUCGAAAUCUCAAUGUUUCCGCGGCCAAAACCCCGCUGGACAAGCGAUCCAUGACGCUGCCAUUAAAAUCAGCAGGAGAAGCCUCUUUCGGAGAGCGAGCAUCUGGACGCAGUGGCGCUGGAGGGGUACCACUAACACCGCUGAUGGCCAAACUGUCGGUACUGGCUCUAAGCGAAGCCACGCCCAUCGAGAUACAAACGCCCCUGACAAGCAGCAAGGUUUUUCCACGACGCAGUUCCCUGAAAUGCGAGGAUGCAGUCGAUGCAUUGGCUGUUAUGCCCACCAUUCCUGCUCAACCUCCGGGACCCAUUCAACCCGAUGGCUUGCAGCGCACGGAACUCUACAUAUGUGGUCAGCAGAAUAUGACCUUGUUAUUGCUCAUGGAAGAGGGCACCUGUCGACAGCAACAGGUGGUGCAGAAGAUGUUCGACAUCUGCGUGGCCAAGUUCCCGCACAUGGAAUCUCAGUUGAAUCAGACUCUCAAUGUAAAUGUAGAGGGCGAUAAUCGCGAUGGAGGCGAUUAUAGCUUCAUGUGCGUCGACUCCAAGUGGGAUGUGCUGCAGCGCAAUGGCCCAUGGAAUCCCCUAGAGCUUAACAUCCUGGAGAGCAUGCACUCGAUACAUUCUAGUGGUCAUCAUCUUACAGAUUUGAUCUUAAGAUCCCACGACUCCGUUUAUUACGGCCACAAGAACGGAAGGACCGAGUUCUUCUACAAGGAGCCAACCCAUCAGAUCCACGGCAUACCACCGCCUUCGGAUCCCAUUGGCAAUAUACAAAUGCGCGCCAAGGCGCGACUGGAACGUGAUCAUUCCUACAUGCUGUUCUAGGCUGUCCAAUGGAUCGUAUAUUAUACACAUAUUGAAUACUCGCAUGCUUAGCCAAAAACAGAAAAUGUUAACGGGGACACCAGAUAGUCUGGAGAACUGUCCCCGGAAAAUAGCCAACUUUAUGCCAUCCGCUGUUAUUUACUUUGCGAUCUCUGGCUGAUUCCUACGCGAGUCCUCGAUAGUGGUUAGGAUAAUGUUUCCAUAUCAUAUACAACACAAACCAAGGGAACUCAAUUUUAAACAAUCUAAAUUAAACUUUGACUUUUAUACAAACAAUUUACAAGAAACGUUGCCGACCUUUUUAACCAACAUUUCAAAAGACUCACGUAGGAAACUAAAAGAAGAGUUUUAAAUGUGCCGCUUUCAGCCAGCGAGCUAUUAUUAUGCCUUGUUUUAUCUUUCACUUGAUUGAUGUAAAGUACAAAAAUGUUUUAAGCUUUGUUUACAAU